UCUGCGACAGACGGACAGCGACUCGGUGGCAACUGGGAGGCAAAAGAAAGUUGCUGCUCGUGCACUGGCAGAGUGACCCGAAUCUCACGCGCAUGGGGAGGGACCAAAACGCGCGCACCCUACAUGCUGCAGAUACGCGGAAGACACGAGAUUUUCGCCGUUUGUCUCUGUCCUUCAGUGAAGCUCGCGGCUCCCCUCGCGCCCGGCCGCUGCUCGUGAAGGACUGCGAUGCACCAUUAAAUGUCGCGAGUGUGAGGUCCGUCAAAGUCACUUUCAGCUCAGUCUCCACUUCCGUGUCGAGGUCGUGUGCUCUACGUAAGCCCAUUACAGGAAGCUCCAAUCUGCGCGUAAUCCUCUACAGGAGCGCAGAUCGAAGGAACUGCGGAAGACGGAGCCUCGGGACCUGUCGUGGACAUUACAUUACAGGAACUACGUCUUGGCCGCUGUGGAGGAAUGCCAGCCGGAGUCUGUGGGUGCUGUGGGCCUCUAAGGCCUCGCUACAAGCGACUCGUGGACAACAUCUUCCCCGAGGACCCAAAGGAUGGCCUGGUCAAGGCCGAUAUGGAGAAGUUGACGUUCUAUGCGGUGUCUGCCCCGGAGAAGCUGGACCGCAUCGGAGCGUACCUGGCAGAGAGGCUGACACGAGACGUAAUGCGCCACCGCUACGGGUACGUGGUGAUAGCCAUGGAGGCUCUGGAUCAGUUGUUGAUGGCGUGUCACUCCCAGAGCAUCAAGCCGUUCGUGGAGAGUUUCCUGCACAUGGUGGCCAAGCUGCUACUCAGUCCUGAGCCGGACCUGCAGGUGCUGGGCACCAACUCGUUUGUGAAGUUUGCCAACAUUGAGGAGGACACCCCUAGCUACCACCGGCGGUACGACUUCUUUGUGUCGCAGUUCAGCGCCAUGUGCCAUUCCACACAAGAGGACGCCGAGACCCGCACCAGGAUCCGUGUAGCUGGCAUUAAGGGUCUGCAGGGGGUGGUUCGUAAGACGGUGAAUGAUGAACUUCAGGCCAUCAUCUGGGAACCUCAACACAUGGACAAGCUGAUCCCAUCACUACUGUUCAACAUGCAGGACACGGACGACACAGAGAGGGCAUCAGGAGAGGAGAAUCCGGCAUCCCUGGCCGAGAGCUGUUUCCGUGAGCUGUUGGGUCGAGCUGCCUAUGGCAACAUGAACAAUGCUGUGCGCCCGGUGCUGGUGCAUCUGGAUAAUCAUCGGUUGUGGGACCCGAAUGAGUUUGCUGUCUCCUGCUUCCGCAUCAUCAUGUACUCAAUACAGGCGCAGCACUCGCACCAUGUGAUACAGCAGGUGUUGGGGCAUCUGGACACACACAGUAAGAACACCCCUCGUGUCCGGGCCGGUAUCGUCCAAGUGCUCCUGGAAACCGUCGCCAUCGCAGCCAAGGGUUCCGUGGGCCCCACUGUGCUGGAGGUGUUUAACACACUGCUGAAACACCUGCGCGUGUCUGUGGAUGGGGAGCUCGCUGAUGGGAGACGGGGAUCCAGCAGUAGCGUGUCAUCAUCCCGCGCCAGAGACAGAGACAGCGUGUCAUCAUCCCGCGCCAGAGACAGUGAUGAAAGGAUUGUCCAGAAUGCCAUUAUUCAGACUAUAGGCUUCUUUGGGGGAAACCUGCCUGACUACCAGCGUGCUGAGGUCAUGAUGUUCAUCAUGGGGAAAAUACCGGUCUACGGCACACCCUGCCACACACUCGACACCGUCAAGAUCGGACACCAGGGCACUAAAAGGAUCCAAGCCAUGCUGCUCAACUCGCUCAUUAUGGUGACUUCGGGCUUUAAGUGUAAGACCAUGUGCGCUGGUCUACCUGCUCCCUUUCUUGAGCCGCUGUGUUCCGUUUCUCUGAUGGAAGAUUCCGAGCUCCGCCUCCUCGUUCUGGAGAUUCUUCACAACAUCAUCGAUCGCCAUGACAACCGAGCCAAACUCCGCGGCAUACGAAUCAUUCCUAAUGUUGCUGCUUUGAAAAUCAAACGUGAGAAAAUAUCCAAGCAGGAUGUUAUGUUCAUGAAGAAGCAUGGUCAGCAGCUGUACAGGCACAUCUAUCUGGGCUGCAAAGAGGAGGACAACGGCCAGAAGAACUUUGAGCUGCUUUUCACCGCGCUGGCCCUCAUCACCAUAGAGCUGGCUACCGAGGACGUCAUCAUAGACCUCAUACGCCUGUCACUAGCGCUGCAGGACAUGGCUCUGGCCAAUGAGGAGAACUUGCCGAUGUUCGUCCGCUGUGGCGUCAUGGCCCUGGUGGCAGCCUACCUCAACUUCCUCAGCCAGAUGAUCGCCAGCCCAGGCCUGUGCCAGCACGUCAGCAAGGUGAUCGAGUUGAGGAAUCUUGAGGCUCCAUAUCUACUACCUGAGCACGUGUUCCGAGAGAAGUGUCCGCUUCCAACGGCACUGCAGGCUGACGACAGGGCGGUGUUUUUUGGUGUGUGUGACAUGGCGGAGGCGCUGUGUGGAUCAGCCUACAGCGUAGAGCGGCUUCCCAUCCCUUAUGUUCCCCAAGUCACAGAUGAAGAUCGUCUGACUCGUAGGAAGAGCUUUGUGGACACCAUCUCCUUACAACUGGACAUCCUGUCCAACAGCCUACCAGACAAGGUGUGUGUGUGUGUGUGUACGUGUGUAUGUGUAGACACCACAGGUCUUGAGGAGCAGGAGAAGGAGAGGAGGCGACAGGUGAUGGAGAAGUUCCAGAAGGCUCCAUUUGAGGAGAUCGCUGCCCAUUGCGAGUCUAAGAAUAACAUGCUUCACGAUCGCCUUGCACAGAUCUUUGAGCUAACUAUCCGGCCGCCUCCCAGCCCAUCUGGCCCCGCCUCCAUCACAUCUGGCCCCGCCCACUACCAGUCUGUUCCUGUCUAUGAGAUGAAGUUCCCAGAUCUGUGUGUCUACUAGUCUGUGUGUGAGACAGUGAGAGAGAGACUAGUGUGUGUGGGAGAGAGAGAUUAGAGAUUAGUACGCACUAGUGUGUGUGUGUGUGAGAGAGAUUAGUACGCACUAGUGUGUGUGUGUGUGUGUGGGAGAAAGGAGGCCACUGUAAGAGAGUAGUAUACACUACAGCACACAGUAUAAGUCUCUCCAGGAAAGGACUCCGGAACCCCCAACUCUACAGAACUCUGAUACCCCGACCCUACAGAUACCCCAACCCUACUGAUACCCCAACCCUACAGAUACCCCAACCCUACAGAACUCUGAUACUCCAACCCUACAGGAGUCUGGUACGAGCCCCAAACCUUCUAAACAUUAAACACCAACUCAUUAAACACCAGAACUACAGAGCAAACACCUUUACCCAAACACACCGAUGGAACCCAACACACACCUUUACCCCAACACACACCUUUAGCCAAACACACCCAUGGAACACAACACACACCUUUACCCCAACACACACCUUUACCCAAACAC